AUGGAUCUCAAAUCGAUGCUCAAUGACAAGCCGCCGGCAGAGAAGAAGUCUUCCCAAUCUUCUCCUCCGCCCUCAGCAGGAGGAGUUGCUGCGCCGCUGCAGACAUCACCACCACCAACCGCGCAGGCGCAGAACGGGGGCUAUCUCGCAGGAUAUGCGCCGCCCAGACCGACGCCUGGGCAAGGGCCCGGACAGCAGACACCCCUAUAUGGGCCUCCUUCAGCGUCCAUGCCACCUAGCCAGAGUAGGGGCCUGACACCGCUGCACACUCCUUCGCAGGCAGGCAGUGGACAAUAUCCAUUUCCGCCGCAGCAACAGCCUUUGCAGAGUCCUGCUUCAGCCCAUCCGGGUCAGGCACAGCAGUACUUCUCAGCGACCACCCCGGGGCCGAGACCAUCCAGUCAUGGCUAUUCUUCCGCACACCCACAGCCUUCUCCGUCGAUGGUCGGUUACCAGCAAGCAGUCAACGCUCAUCACAACUCAAUGUCUCCAACACCGUCCUCACACCACAGCCAGACACCAUCAGGCAUUCGCCAGAGUCCGCUUGCUCCAGGACAUCAGUCUGCCUACCAACAGCCGCCUCAUCCGUCGCACUACCAACACUCGCAGCCGAAUACUCCCCUCGGUCCUCCCCAGAUCCCGCAGAGGCAUUCCAACAACAGCCAGCUUGACGUUUCCAGCCCUAUCCAUUAUCGAUCGCCCUCUGGGGCAUCCAAUGGCAUCACUGCAGGCUCUCCCGCCCAGCACCACCCAAGCAUUGGGAAUCUAGUGGAAUCUCCAAGCUUGUUACAUCGGCCUUCGCCGCAGACACGGCGAGUAAGCGAUCAUCGAAGUUCUGCGAGCCGGGAACGCAGUGUGUCAGUAAGUCCCAAGACCGUGCCACCGCCUCGGCCGCCAUCUCUUGGUUCGCGCCACAGCAGCCAGCAGGAGGUGUACAGUGCUCGCAGCUCAUUGCAACCGGGUGCGAGCGUGGCGGCUCAAUCAGAGACACCUCAUCACGUGCAGCCGCACCAGACGUCUUCACACGCACAGCCACAAGCCUCAAACACGGCAAGUGGUGUUGCACAAGUGCAUUCACAAACAAGUGGCCUGUUGUCGGGACCGCCCGCGAAUGCAAACCCUUUGUCACAUCUGGACAAUAGGGCCCCACCUCAGCACUCGCCUCAAAGAAUGGACAUGAACCACUUACUUGCUCCUACUCAACACGCACAUCCGACUCUGCCCAAUGGUGACAAGUUCCGGACGACACCUUCGGGGCCGAGUGAUUCGAGUCAGUCGCAGAGGAAUGAGCCUCGAACGCACGGCUCACUGAAAACAGAGCUUCAAGUACCGGCGCAGUCAUCUUCCUUCUCGGCGGCAUCUCAUUCGGAGCCAAAUAUGCCUCCUACAACAACUCCAGCAGCUCCGGCACAACAACAUCCGCGCACGAAUAACUCCGCCGGACCCACGUCAACCCAACAGAAGAUGCCCUUGAAGCGUCCUGCUGAGUCAGAUCCUGCCGUCGAGCCUCCAGCGAAACGUGGGCGAGGCCGCAGAUACACAGAGCGUCCAAUUUGGGCUCACUUGGCGAAGGACAACCCAAGAGCACGGGAGCCAGGCGCAGUACCGAACAGCAUGCAAUCUGUAAGUACGCCUACUGUUCUCUUCGAUCUCCUCUAUUGGGCAGCGAAACGUGAAUCUCAUUAACUGCCACUCUUUGAAUUUCGUGAGAACUACGUCGAAGCAUACUGACAUCACUCUAGGCGAGGCCACAGCCUCAGACCAACGGCGGCUUCAACGGUGCAAAUACCGGGUUACCAUCUGCGCAGUCACAAGCUAAUGGCCAAGCUCAAUCCAACAUGCCUGCUUCGAAUCCGGAUGCCGUACAUCAGAAGCCCUGGCAACAGAACCCACCAAUCGACAAUGACCUACUCAACGCUCGUGCGCUGCUGGGUGCCUGGGAGAAGUCGAUUAAAUGGAGCACGCCUCUGACGCCAUUCAACAGAGCCAUCACCACCUGGCUUUGGCAGAACUUGGAUCGGAACUCGGACAUUGGCCUGGAUCCUCGUGAGGGAAUUAUCGAGAUCGAGGCGAAAAUCGGCACACUUGUAGAUGUUGACAGCGGGGACCGGAUUCAAAUGCCGGUCCAGAAUGCCUGCGUGAUUGCGCCCGCUUACAAUAGGCGAAUGCGGUUCGAAAGCGAGAUGAACGAGGUGAGUGAUGACCACGAGCUAUGACAAUGCUAUCUGUUCACAGAGCUUUCCUUCAUGAACACACGCUAAUACGUCGUCCCAGAUCGAGCAUAAGAAUAUGAACGAGUUCCUGAACAAGGCCACGCAAGAGUCGGUUGCGAGCAAAGGCCGCCAAUCGAUCAAAUACAAGCAUAGUCGCGAAACUGACUCCUUCCGCAACCUCUCCGAAGAGGGCAUGCGCGCCCUGCCAGAGGCUGCACAUCGCCGAAAGAAUCAAAUGCGUCGCGACAUGAAGCUUCGCACCUCGACCGAUGACAAGACCGGCCAAGUAACGGCGCGCAUUGUCAAAGUGCCAAUCGGCGAACACCUGCACAUCUUCGGCGCCGAGGACCCAUAUGACGUCCGCAUCUCGAUGAAUCUGGAAGUCAACCUUGAUCGUCCAGGGUUGGACCCAAAUACAUUGACGGAAGAGGCUUCAUCUGACAAUCCAGUCGCGCCAAAUCGGAGAAAAGAUCGGUUGAGUUAUCAGCACUUGGCAUACCACGUGGACCUCACCAGAGUGGAUGUCCCCGGACUACCCCCAAAGUAUGAGCUAGAACUGGAAGUCGACUCAAAUCUGCUCAGAAAACAGAUCGAUCGUCAGAAGAGGAAUGAGGCAAGUGCGGUGCAUGAUAUCGUGGAGGGUUUUGUUAACAACAUGACUUUACUCAUGCGGAUCCAGCGAUAG